GCAAGAUUUCUGGCUCUCUCACACACACAUCCCACCCACCGUUGGCUUCCUCCUCCUUUUCCCUCUCUCAAUUUGUGUGCCAGUGUUUUUCGUUCUCUGAGAUGGGGAUCGACAUGGAAUCGCAGCAGGAGCACAAGGCUUCUUCAGAAAGCACAGCAGCAACAGAGAAAAAGAGGUGGACUCUCAGUGACUUUGACGUUGGCAAGCCUCUGGGAAGAGGAAAGUUCGGACACGUAUAUCUUGCCAGAGAAAAAAGUAGCAACCACGUUGUGGCACUAAAGGUAUUGCUCAAGAACCAGCUAAAACAGUCUCAGGUUGAGCAUCAGCUCCGGCGUGAAGUGGAAAUACAGAGCCAUCUUCGACACCCUAACAUCUUGCGACUAUAUGGUUACUUCUAUGAUCAGGAACGGGUUUAUUUGAUUCUCGAAUAUGCUGUCAGGGGUGAACUCUACAAGCAGCUACAGAAAUGCAAAUAUUUCAGCGAGAAACGUGCUGCUACUUAUAUUGCAUCCUUAGCUCGGGCCCUCAUAUAUUGCCAUGGAAAGCAUGUGAUACAUCGAGACAUCAAGCCCGAGAACCUUCUAGUUGGUGCAAAGGGUGAGCUAAAAAUUGCAGAUUUCGGGUGGUCUGUGCACACCUUUAAUCGCAGGCGAACUAUGUGUGGAACUCUAGAUUAUCUUCCCCCUGAAAUGGUGGAGAGCGUCGAGCAUGAUGCAAGUGUUGAUAUAUGGAGCCUAGGUGUCCUCUGCUACGAGUUUCUAUAUGGUGUGCCUCCUUUCGAAGCAAAAGAGCAUUCGGGCACCUACAGAAGGAUUAUUCAGGUGGAUUUGAAAUUCCCUCCAAAACCCAUAGUCUCACCUUAUGCCAAGGAUCUCAUAAGUCAGAUGCUGGUGAAGGAUUCCUCACAGCGUCUUCCGUUGCACAAAGUGCUCGAACAUCCAUGGAUCGUGCAAUACGCAGAUCCCUCGGGAGUUUUCAAGGGCUGAUGAUGAACUACGGUUCGCGCCGCCAGCCAAUUCUUGAAUCUAAUAAGAAUAUAGAAGCAAUAUAUAUAUAUAUAUAUAAUAAUCUGUUGUGUAGCCAGGCUGAGAGGGGUGUGUGUGUGUGGUGUUGUGUUGUCUUCUUGUUAUGUCUGUUUUUUCAUUCCAUAUUAAUCAUCUUCUCCUGGAGGUGUUGUAGACUUUGGAAUUCUUUCUUAAUUGGUAAUGUGCUAUUCUUACAUUUAGAAUAUGGUUCAUAUGUGACUUGGUAGGCGUGGUUGUUCUUGUUU